GCACGGUGGACCCAUGGACCCGGUCCAUGUGACUCACGUCCUCGUCGAGGCACCCUUCCUAACCGUUACCCAUCCUCGGCCACCGGGCACCGCUGCCGCUCUGCAGCGCUGCGACUCCUGCCUCAGGCAACCUGUCCACGUCCGCGUCCGGCGUCAUCCCCGGCCGCCACCACCGUGCGCCAAUCCUCCCCUGCCCCCCGGAGCCCGCCGCGCCGCUGAUCCACCCAUCUAUAUAAACCACCAUCACCUCCCGCUGGCACAUGACUCCAGGCAACCACCAACGCUCGAGAGUUCGCUUCACCUCAGCGACAGUCACACAGGACAGCGCACACCCCACCCACAACCACCACCACCACCGCCGCUUCUCCUCCCCAAGGCCAAAUCCCAAUCCCCCCAGGCCAAGGGAAAGGAGGUCCCCUCCCCUCUCCUUCCGGUGAGGCGGCGGGGAGCUAUGGAGCCGGCGGCGAAGACGGUGGAGCGGCUGGCGCAGCGGCUGGUGCCGCCGGCGGAGCCGACCCCGACGGGUCCGCACCGGCUGUCGUGGCUGGACCGGUACCCGACGCAGAUGGCGCUCAUCGAGUCGCUGCACGUCUUCAAGCCGGACCCGGCGCGUGACGGGGUGAGCCCCGCGGCGACCAUCGAGCGCGCCCUCGCGCGGGCGCUGGUCGACUACUACCCGCUCGCCGGCCGCCUCGCCGUGUCCGCGGGUGGCCAGCUCCACGUCGACUGCAGCGCCGAGGGCGUCUGGUUCAUCGAGGCCGCCGUGCGGUGCCGCCUCGACGACGUCGACUACCUCGAGUACCCGCUCCAGAUCCCCAAGGACGACCUGCUCCCGCACCCGCUGCCCCGGCCCAGCCACGACGAGGAGUCCAAGCUCAUCCUGCUCGUCCAGGUGACGGCGUUCGCGUGCGGCGGCUUCGUGGUGGGGUUCCGGUUCAGCCACGCGGUGGCGGACGGUCUGGGCGCGGCCAAGUUCAUGGCCGCGGUCGGGGAGCUCGCGCGCGGGGCGGAGCAGGUCUCCGUGCCCCCCGUCUGGGCGCGCGACGCCAUCCCUGACCCGCCCGGCGCGCUGGUGGGCAGCCUCCCGGACCCGACGGGCGCGAAGCGGCUGGAGUACCUAGCCAUCGACAUCUCCGCCGACUACAUCGACCACUUCAAGUCGCAGUUCGCGGCGGCGACGGGCGGGGGCCGGUGCUCGUCCUUCGAGGUGCUCAUCGCCAAGGCGUGGCAGAGCCGCACCCGCGCGGCGGGGUUCGAUGACCCGGCGAGCACCCCCGUGCAGCUCUGCUUCGCCAUGAACGCGCGCCCGCUCCUCCUCGCCGGCGGCUCCGGCGGCACGCGUUCCCCGCGUGGUGGCGGCGGCGGCGCGGGGUUCUACGGCAACUGCUACUACAUCAUGCGCGUGUCGUCCACGGCCGACCGGGUGGCGUCGUCGUCCGUGACCGACGUGGUGAGGAUCAUCAGGGAAGGGAAGAAGCGGCUGCCGUCGGAGUUGGCGCGGUGGGCGGCGGGGGAGGACGGCGGGGUGGACCCGUACCAGAUCACCUCCGACUACCGGACGCUGCUGGUGUCGGACUGGACCCGGCUGGGCUUCGCGGAGGUGGACUACGGGUGGGGCCCGCCCGCCCACGUGGUGCCGCUGACGAACCUGGACUACAUCGCCACGUGCAUCCUCGUCAAGCCCUGGGCCCACAAGCCAGGGGCCAGGCUCAUCACCCAGUGCGUCACGCCCGACCGCGUCGAGCGCUUCCACGACGCCAUGGUGGACAUGAACUAGCAGCUGGCGGCACCGCCAGCCUGCCGUUUUGUUCAUGGGUUUCUUGCUUUUUUUUUUCUCUCUCUCUCUCCUCUCAUCACUCAUCAGUUACCGUGGUAAUUAGCAGUGGGUAUAUAUAUAAUUACUAAUCACAUUGCAGCCUUCUGGCGAAUGGUAAAAAAACCGCAAACAAUAAACUAAAACAUAUAUACUGAUAAAAAAGCAGAAGAAAAAGAAAAGGAUAAUAAGGUGGUGUAGAUAGAGGCAGGCAGGCAGCCAGCUAGAGGCAGGAGGAGAGGUAUGGGGGACUGGUAGACAGCUAGGUAGCAGUUGGCAAUAGUGGGAUUGGUAUUGGAUUCCUUAUUUCCUUUGGAUGUCUUCUUCUUUUGUUGUUGGGUGCAUGUACAUGCCUAUUUUUCUUUUCUUCUUCUUUCUUGUUCUUUGGGGGGCUUUGAUUGAAAGAAGGAACAAAACUGGACUUGGUGGGAAGCCACCAACUAGUCUGCCCCUAAAUACCAUACCAUAAUAAGAUUUUUAUUGUAAUAUAGUAUUCAACUCUUUUCUUGUUUAUUUCUUUUUGUCAAAUAGUGUAUACGAAGUAUAAGGCAUGUGAGCUUAAGUUUCAAAGAGAGAAAACGCUGUAAUCGCUACAUACUCCUCCAUACAGACAGAGACAGCCAUCUAAUUUUAGCA